AUGCCCCGGCUGGUACGCCGCCGUCCGUUGGCGGAGCGCAUCAAAUCCUACCUAAACCCGUUGGACUUCCUGCUGUGGCUUUCAGAAGAAAUCGACGCGAAUGACUGGGACCAGUUCGAGAAGGAUUGGUCGCUGACCCUUGGUGUAAUCCUCAAUCUGGUCUUCUUGAUUGCUAGAGCAAACAGUCGACCCACGGGCAGUCGCGCGGUUGACGACGUCUUCGGCGAUGACGGAGGUGCGCCGUGGCUAAGCUGGCUUGCUUCUUUCGUUGUCCACCUUCUGGUCUGCUUCGCUGCAUUCAACACGUUCUAUACCUUCUAUCGCAAACGCCAUUACCGCAUGUUCGAGGCCCCGAUUGAACAGACUCCAGCAACACCCUCUGCGCGCCGUGUUCGUGUUGAUUCGACACCAAUGACCGCGUCACCAUUGCGAUAUUUCGCCGAGACGAUCUCCGGCUCAGCGCAGUCAAGAGCACACCCCGAUGCGGAACGCGAUGUUUGGGAGCUCGCAGUGUGGGAUCCUCUGCCGAUAUGCCUCCGGCUAUUCUGUUUGUUUAGUCCUGGACAUGUUCUGGUAUACUGGCUCUUUCUCCCUACGCAGAUGUCUGACCCACGACCAAGUGUCACCAUUGUCACCACCAUUUUCUUGACUACCCUGCUUUCCGUGCAGAUGACGUUCCUUUCUUCGUCCUUCACACAAAAGGGGAAGGACUCUACAUUAGUCCACAAGGAAGCUUUGAAGGAAUAUGACGUCAAAUUUGUACAUCCUCGCACACAGCCUCUAAUGAGAGAUGUUGGCACUCAGUUUACUGAUGAGGAUGCUGCUCGAUCGGGCGCCGAUGCGAAGUACAACAAAGUGGACACUUAUACCCCCACAAUUGUCUUUAAGCGGGAAUUCAGAACGAGUCCCAACCCUAACUACGUGAGCCAUGUUGACCCUGAGGGCAUAUCACCCCGGCGUCAGUCAUAUACGUCGACUCCAACUAUCUCUCACAACCGUGGGCUACAAACUCCAAGUCAUCUGAGGGAUACAUCUCCCGUUGUCCGCAACCCGAUUUCAUCAAUCAGACAGCCGCAAUUUCGCCCAACAUCAACCGCGUCCACGGGCGACGGAGGCAGCCUGGGCGUUUACUCCCAUGCGAACUCUCCGUUACGAAAAUCUACGUCGGCGAAUUUCGAACGCCGCCUGCAAAACAAUGGCGACUUCUUCUACAAGGAGCGAGGCACAGGCUCUGUACGGCGUCCAUCAAGUCCGUUAAAGAGAAGCAAUGUCCCUAGCACCGCCAGUCCUCUGUCCUCAACACCGAGACGGGGUCACCUGGACAAUCGGCGGGAGACUGGUUACUUCUGA